UCCAGUCCACCUCCAGUCAGGAUGCCUGACUGCGUAGUUGCUGUCGGAGAUUCCGGCAAACAGUUCCAAACUGUCGCUGAAAUUGACAGGCAUCAGCCUACAGACAAUACAUAUCUGACGGACAGUAAACCCCGCCCACCACAGUACCAUCCCCCACCCGCACCUCCAACAGGUGCCCCCUCAUCAGCUCCCCUGCCUGCAGAAAUGCUCAAGUUUGUGCGUAAACCAGACGCGGAGGCUGCAAGACUUGCUGCCGAACAGACACGAAGAAUGGCGGCAGAAGUGCGCAGCUUGAAGGAGGCCAACCAGCGGCUAAGUGAUGACAACCAGGAGUUGCGCGAUCUUUGUUGUUUCCUGGAUGAUGACCGCCAGAAGGGCCGCAAGUUGGCACGCGAGUGGCAAAGGUUCGGGCGGUACACGGCCAGCGUGAUGCGCCAGGAGGUGGCGGCGUAUCAGACCAAGUUGCGCGAGCUUGAUACCAAGCAGCAUGAACUUAUCAAGGACAAUCUGGAGCUCAAGGAGCUCUGCCUGUACCUAGACGAGGAGAGGUCCGGUGUGUGUCGCGCAUGUGGGGCCGGGCUGCGCAGGGACGACGGGGAUGGAAGCAGCAGUAGCACCAACGCAGACGAGCCUCACGCUCCACCUCCACCCCCACCCCACUCUUUCCACCGGCCUCCACCACCCUCUACCACUCGGUCUCACGAGGAGAUGGCGCAGUAUGUGCAGAGACUAGAGGCUAGGAUAAAAUCCUUGGAAGAGGAGAAGAGAGUGUUACAGCAGAAGUUGGGCCAGACCCCUGUCUCUGCUGUCACUCCCUGGGAACCCCAGCCUACAGACAAUUGUGAGGCCGUGGUGCAGGCACUACAAGUGCUGGAAGUCAGGGAGCAGCUGGAGCGCAGUGUCUCGGGCUCUGACCUGGAUCUUACCACUCCGGACAUGGACGAUGGGGAGAAGGCUCUCCUCAGGGAGAUGUGUAAUGUGGUGUGGCGCAAGCUGGGGGAGGGACCGAACGCAAGGAGACAGUGACACAGGUUCCUAGAGUGGCCACAGUACUUAGCCAUAGCCUUAGAACAGUACAAACCUAGCAUUAUUGCCUCCUUCAUUACCGUAGUUGACGUCCCAAAGAUAGCAGUUUAGUGGUUCUGGAGGCAUUUCGUUUGUUCUUUUAUUUCACCACUGUCAACUUUCCAUGUCUGUCUGUACGAUUUAUGUGUUUAUUUCCGCUAAGCACGUGUCUCGUAGUUUACGUUUUACAUUACGAUAAUCUUUUACGUUUUACUGCUGUAAAAAUGAUAUUAUCAAUUGGUGUUGAUUAAUUUGUACAAAUUUAAACUCAGUAAAUAAAAAAGGAAAAUUUGGUUUAAAAAGCAGUUGUAGAGAAUGGUUGGGCUCAAAAAAUUCAUAUAUAAACAAAAAUUUGAUGAUUUUAUUCAUUCAUGAUGUUUGUUAUUAUUAUAUAACUCAAUUUGAUCUGUUUUCUCAUUUUGAUCUUGAGGGAUACUUACGUUGCCGAAUGUCUUUUAAUUUAGAGUAACGUUAUAAAAAUUAAAAAAUAUCCAUUUUAUUCUUUUUCUAUUUAAAUCAUCUAAUCAACAUAAUUGAAACAAACUAUUUUGAGCAUGAGAAGUAAAAAGACUGCUUCUGGUAAAUAAAAGUUUAUAAAUAAUGCAGAGUAUUUCCAGUCUUGAGAGUCUGAUUUGUAAUAAAUUUAUUCUUAAUGUAAAAACAUGAAUCUUUGUUUCCAGUUUUAAUAAUGUUAUUCAAAUCUUGCAUUUAAAAUAACCUUUAAAUGAAUUUUAAAGAACUUUAUGUAUAGAAAAGUUAAACAUACCUGUAUAACAUUAAAAAAAUAUUUUUUAGCAAACUAGAAAAUGAUAUUUUGGAAAAUCACUUCUAAAUAUUUAGUAGCUAACACAUGUACUUGCUAGAGAGUUAAAAAUGUCAGGCAACAAAACGGACUAGUAAUGUACUUUUGAAAAUGUUAAAAAAAUUGAUUCUGAUUUUGCAUUUUUCAAGAUAUAAGUAAGGAAAUAUGUAUUGUCAUUCUUUCUAUAUUAACUGUUUUGGAAUUAUUUGAUUUAAGGAGUUAUACUAAUAAAAAUGUUUAUUGAGUUCACAAAAGAUUGAGCCUUGACCUAUCACUAGUCGUGAUAUCGUGAAAUUGUGAUUUUCCAAGCAUAUUUUAAAGCAUUUCUAUUAGAUUCGUUAUAAUGUAUUAAAAUACUUUGAAAAUAUUGGUAUCAGAAUAAAAUGAAAAGAGGCACAGUAUUAAAUACCAUUACAUAUCAAGUUUCCAAAUCAGCACAUUCCUAAUAAUUGUCACGAUUGAGUUUAACUACAAAAUGAAUAAGAUAAAGCACUUGUGGAUAUUUUAAAAAUUAUUAACAUCUUUUUUAUUGAACCAAUGUAAUCUGCUAAUCAUAAAUGUAUGAAUGAUUUAUUGCUAGUUUCCAUAGUAAUGAUAAUAAUAUAAAUGUUUUAAUUUUAUAAUCUGUAUUUUUACUUGAUUACAUUUCAUGUACUGUUUAGAAUAAAAUUCUAGUUUAAAUUAAAAUAAAUAUUUUUAUACUUUCAAUGUAUAAAGACUUCACUCAGGAGGUAAAAUCAGUUGAGUUUCUUGAAAAAUCAAAAUCUUUUGUUAAAGUUCCAUUUCACCGUUGCUCUGCUUGUUCUUCCUUAAGAAGCAACGUCCUCGUAUUCGAUUACGAAAUAGAUUUUAUAAUUUUGUAUCAAAAUCUCUGUGAUAUUGAAAAUCAACUAAAAUGUUCAUAAAUUUUCUGGUUCUAAUGUUGAUUUUGUUUACACUGUUAUGUAGCUAGCUCAGAGAUAGAUUCAAAUAUUUAAGUGAAAUUUUCAUUAAUUUACAUACUUUGGUACUGAAUCUCUGCAAGUAACGAGAGACGGCUGUGAUGAUCUAAAUGCAUGCACUGUGAGCGCAAAUAUGGACACCAAACACACUUGCACCAAGAUCUGUCAUUCAUUCAAAAUUCACAGUGUACAGUUACGGGCAUUUUAAAAUUUACAUUCUAUUCCUUUGGUUAAGGAAAAACAAUAGUUAUUUUGUUUUUGAAUAGUGUCAAAAGUGUUAUGGUGAAAACAAUUUUAAUUUGAAGUGGACAUUCUUACCGUGGUUGUUAAUUUUAAAAUCACCUUUUUUUCUGUUUGUACCUUAGUGCACAUGUUUUUGAUAAUUUCACUGAAAUAAUUGAAACAAUUAUUCUUCAAGCAAUAUUCCAUUGAGCAAUCUGCUGAACAGUUUGCACAAAAUCAAUGUUUUAGAAAUUAUAAAAAAUGUUCAAUUGUCAGUAUCAGGAGAACAAGACAAAGAUUUUGACAAUAGUAUAUGUUUUAGUGGAAGUUAUAACAAACCUAAUUUAUAAGUCUAGUAUAAAAUCUGGUGCUCAUUUAGAGGUUAUUUAGAUUAGCAUACAACCUGUACUGUAUUAUUUGGAUAAUCCAGGGAUUAUUUAGAAGAAUUGAGAUUAGUCUUUCAGAGUGUCAACUUUAUUCUAAAAAUUUGUCCAAGUACACCUCUUAGUAAGUACUAAAUUUGAGUUAAAACGUGGAAGUUAAAUAAUGGAUUUUUAAAACCAUUUGGAGACCACCAAAUAAUAUAAAACGUAACUCAAAAUGCAAGUCUUUAAAACGAGUCAUAUAUUCUAUCUCUUAUUUUUAUUUAAUAUUUUAUAAUGGGUUACCAGAAUAAUGAUAAAAAAAUGUAGAUAUAAAUUUUACAUAUUCUUAUAGAGAUUAUAUAGAAACAAUACAAAGUACGAUGUAAACAUUGUUUAAUGGUCAUCUUAUUGUUUCUUUUUGAACAGGUGAUGACUAUAUACAGAUACAGGAAACACAAAUUUCAAAAUAACGUAGUGUUUACAAAAUUGUGACAUUUCAUUAUUUAGGUUAUCACCUUACGAUCUUUCUCGAUUAUAAUGAAAUUGUGUUAUAGAAUAAAUGUGAACCGUUUAUCAUGUAAUUUCUAAUAUAUUGGAAGUUUAUUGUAUUCUGUACGUCUUACCAAAGUCCUACUACAUACACAGGGUGUAAAUAAGUGCUGCACGGGUUUUUUAAUUCCUGAACGAUUACAGGUAAAGCAAUAAAACUUGGUACAUCAUUACUACACCUACAAAUCUACUUUUUCAAGUAACUAUUAUUCUUUUGUCAUGUCAGGGGGAUGACCCGUUAGGAGUCAGAAGAAAAUCUUAAAUUAGAGCAUAGGUCGAGUAGUACAUCAAAUUAAAGGUAUUUAUUUGUAGAGUACAAUGCUGCAAA